AUGGGCAAGUGGGCAGCGGUCAGCGCCAUUUUGGUCUCGUUGCUGUUAGGUCUGAGCCAUGCCUCGCCUGAUCUGGGACUGGAAAUUGAUAUCGACUUCGUGACGAGGAACUCGCCGAACAUCAAUGCGGCUGCCAGUCUCGUCGGCGAAGUGUCCGGAAAUCUACAGGGUGCCAUCGGUGGCUACCAGCUGCCGAAGUUUAACGGCGUUACGUCACUGAUCCAAUCCGGUGAUUCGCUGGUGAAGUUGGUGAACGUGAUCACCGGUCCGGUGAAUGACGUUCUGCGCAACAUUUCGGUCAUUGCUAGAGAGCGCGUGACCGCCCCAUCCUGUAUGUUCGCCACUAUUAACGCCACCAUCGAUGGGGCGUACGCGGUCCUCGACGCCGCUCCUACCCUGGUGACGAACGUGGUGUCAUCCACGUCGACGCAAAAUGGCAACGCUAUCACGUCCGCCGUGGCCACCCUGUUGGAUGCGUUGACCCAGAUCACCACCAACCUAGACGCGCUGUACAAGCAGGUGGUGGCGGUGCUUGCCGCCGGCCCGGUCACAACCAGUACCGUCAACGCCAACAUCCAGAUCAACACACUGAUCCAGCUGAGUGGUUCGAUCGCAGUAUCGACAACGAUGCAGCGGGCCCUCACCACCACCGUGCAAGCGGUUCGGACUGCCUUCGAGCAGGCCAACAACAUCCUGACGUCCUACAACAACGAUCUCGGUAACGCGUUCACCUCGGUUAACAACACGCAGAGGGACUAUUACAACCAGAUCGUUAGCCGCGUCCAAUCGUUCCAGAGCAAGGUGACUUCAGACACCAACUCUGGCAUAAACGAGAUCUUCAGCACUCAGUCGCGGCUGAAUGAGUUCAUCCAGGACUCGAGCACCCGCACCCAGGCCCAGGCGCUGCGAGAUGCGAUGAUCUCGUUCAAUACCUCCUACCAGACCGUUCAGGCCGACUACUUCAGUAAGCUGCAGACUCAGAUCACGCAGAUCUACGUCGGUACGGAUGGAUUUGUAAAGUCCACCGUCCAACAGCUAACGAAUAUCGUUAACGGUACCAACUUCCGGCUAGCAGCCACCAUGUCGUUCGGCGGUGCCUAUGCAGCAAAUUGCAACGGCAAGUACGGUGGCACUAUCACGAGCCUCCAGAACACAAUGCGUGAUGUGCUGAAUCGCGCGUUGAACGAAUACUCCAACACCGGUUACACCGACGCGUUCAUCAGUGAGUACAAUCAGGUGAUGCGCGAGCAGACUCGCUACAUCAACACCCGUAUCAACUUCUGCCUCAAUCUCGGCUCAACGAGUUCCAGCACCAUCAUCAAGGCCGGAAUAGCCCGUUGCUUUACGGAGACGGUUGCCAUGAUUACCACACUGCUGCAGGACACCACCUUCGAGACGAAGCUGGUGCUGGCUGCGGUAAAUCUGGAGGGACUGGCCAUGAUUCAGCGGGCCGAAAGUACCGCGUCCGUCAUGUACCACGGGUUAGUUGCGAAGUCCGCAAGCCUCGACAUGCUGUUGGCCAUGUGCCAGACAUCGAACUCGUAAAGGCCAGAAUGAAGGUGAAGGAAGCGGUAGCGAGAUAGCAUUUAGGGCACCAGGACGGCUUCUAGCUUGAACCCGCACAGCCAGUAGUUGUACAACAUAGUCCUUAUGGAAUAGAACGGUAGCUAGAGCGCAUCAGUACGGCGAUCGCACAUUUUGG